AUGGCUGGGAAUGACUUUACUCAUGCCGAUGCCAUAGCAGACUGUGUUCUCACUGCCUUUGAUGCGCUCCCGGCACAUCGCAAACCACGAUUGCCGUCCUCAGGCCUGAAGGCUGGUCGUAGAGAAUGGGUUCCACUCGCGGGAAUAGUCCUUGAGAGCAGUCAAGGCAUUUUGACAUGUGCAGCAUUGGCUACUGGUAUGAAAUGUCUGCCUCGUGAUAAGAUCAAAGGCCUGGACGGCAAUGUUGUACACGACAGCCACGCCGAAAUCCUGGCACUUCGAAGCUUCAAUCGCUUCCUUCUUGAUCAGUCUGCUUUGCUAUGUGCCAAUCCUGCUGCUGACAAUAUCCUUCGAACGUCAACUACACAAUAUCCUUUCACCAUCAAACCCGAUGUCAACAUCCACAUGUACUGUAGCGAGGCUCCUUGUGGAGAUGCCAGUAUGGAACUCACCAUGGCCCAGCAGGACGACCAGUCUCCCUGGACAUCAACUUCCGAGGCUGACCCCGAUGAACUCUUCGGAAGAGGCUACUUUGGCACGCUGGGUGUAGUACGGCGGAAGCCUGCUCGUCCAGAUGCUCCUCCCACUUUAUCAAAGUCAUGCUCUGACAAGCUUGCCCUCAAGCAGUACACAUCCGUCUUGUCUGCCGUCAGCUCUCUGUUGAUAGAUCCAGAGAACGCAUACAUCCAAACUCUCGUCAUGCCGCAGAGUCAAAUGGUUCCCGAAGCAUGCGAUCGAGCCUUCGGUCGUACCGGACGUCUAUCAGCAUUGCAAAACACAUCAUCUGGUCCUUUUGCUUUUCGCCCUUUCGCGGUCCAUCCAACCACACGCGAGUUCACCUUCAGCCGUCGCAUUGCAGAUGCAUCAACAACAUCGAUCGUACCUUCAAAUAUCUCGUCUCUGACCCAUGGUCUCCAGCAAGAAACUCUCAUCAAUGGCACUUUGCAAGGCAGGAAGCAAGGUGACCUGAGAGGAGCUUCUGCAGUCUCUAGACGCUCAAUGUGGUCUCUGGCUUUGAAAGUCGCUACCCUACUAGCACAGCCUGCUUUAGUCGCUGCUCUGACUACAAAGUCCUACGCAGACGUCAAAGCGAGCAACACAUUGGCCGACCGAGAAGCAGCCAAACAGAUUGCUAGAGAUCAAGCGCUGAAAGGCUGGAAGAGAAACACUGGUGAUGAAGAGUGGUCGUUGGCUGAAUAG